CCUUAAACUUAUUAAUAUUGUGAAAUUAAGUAUCAUUAAAGAAUCUUGCCCAAUGAUCGUUAAAGCAUAUUAAACAAUGUAAAAUACGUUGAAACUUUCUAAUAGACUACAGUAUGGAAAAAUGAAAUACAAGUCAAGGGGGAAUCUACUUGACAACAACAACAACAACAAUGGCGUCUCUCAACAAGAGAAGGAAAAUGAAAGGGUCGUUGAGAACGCUCGAAGCAAAAAAACUUCUUUUGAAGCAUAAACGUGUUAUUUGUACAGCAAUUGAAGAACUAAACGCUGACGCAUUAUUGUUAUUUUGCUUUCUUCGGAUAAUAAAUUGCAAUGGUGCUUUCCCCGUGUGCUUUUCUGAUGCCUGGUGCAAAACGCUCAGAAGCAUUGAAGAUCCAGAAGAAAAAAAUCAACAAAUCGCGCUGUUUUCAGAUUUGUUCGAGAUAUCUCUUAUUCAGAUGCUUUUAGAAGAUUCUGAUAAAGUCGAUGACACUGUUAUUUCUGAUGGUCGCUUGACAGCAGUUAAAAGAUUGAUAGAUUUCAUGGAUGAAAUAGAUGCAGUGCAAAAGAUUGUAGAAGACCAGGAAAAACUGACUGAUGAGCCAAUGAAAGAAAGCGAAUGGGCAGCAAUUCUUGGUAAUCAUGUUUUAAAGAAGUUAGCAGUUAGUCGUGAGAUGGUGAUAGAUAUUUCUUAUCCAGAGAGACAUAUACGGUGUCCUUGUGGAUGUAAAAAUCAGAUAACCAUAGGUGACUGUAGCUUUGGUAAUCGCAGUGUGUGGCAUGGAAGUGUAGACAUUUUAAUAGGACGUGUAGCAGUAGCCACUACCAAAGAAACAGCUGAAGAUGAUUUUGAUGAUGAAAUUUAUACAUCAGCUUUUGAGGAUUCAAGAAAUCAGAUAGUAGCAGAAGCAAUUGCCUUUUCGUUCACUUUAAACAAGGGUUUAGUACCAACAAUAGCAAUUUCUAAGGAGACCUUCAAAAUAUUUAUGUAUCACCCUGAGCAUGAUCUUCUGUUUGAGGGAAGUGAACUUAAGUUUUAUGUUAAACAACCACUUUUGCCACGUAAACAAAAAAAGCUCGAUACAAGAAGCAUAUUUGCACUGUGGCUUGCAAUAAAUUACGACUUCUUUUGUUCAGGUGUUAGUCAGGAUCAUAAAGAUUUCGGAUAUACUGCUGAUUUUAAAUCACAUGUGAAAGACUCCAUCAAAAUCUAUAAAGAAUCUAUGAAUUUUGGUAACUGUAGACAUGGAAAAUCAUCUGAAUUACCAUAUAAAGCAGUAAAAGGCAAGUGGCGUAGGUGCCAUAGUUCUGCUGCUGCUGAUGCAUCUGAUUAGAUUUGCUGUCAUUUCAGCAUAGCAAAGUAGGCAGAGCAUUGUACUACAAAUCCAAAGAUUGCUUGUAUGAUCAGUGGAUAGUGUAAAACAAUCCUUUUGCUAUUGUCUGUGAAAUUCUGUAAACCGAAUUUGCUUUGGGGGCAAGGGUAGUGUUGCACAUCCCUUUAUUCCUUGCAUGAACAGACACUCUAAAAGUGCUAUGAUGAGUUAUUGUGAUCACUUGAUUGACAUUGGCUUUGGCUUUGCUUCGUUUACAUUGUAUGUCUAGUCAGCUUUUCUCUUAAACUAUCAAAGCUGUUACUUUAAAACUUGCAACACUUAUUCACCAUCAAUAUCUGACUCUGUACAGCAAGAAAAAUAACUCCAUCCUGCUUUUUUCAAAAUUGAUGGCUCCUUUUGGACUUAUCAGAUUUUUUGUUAAGUUUUGCGUUUAGGUCAGAUUUUUGGUAAUGUUUUGCGUUUAGGUCAUCUUUUCUACUUAACAUCAAAGCUAUUGUUUUUAGCCCACCAUCAUCAGAUGGCGGGCUAUUAAAAUCACUCUGCGUCAGUGGUCCGUCCUUCCGUCAUUCCGUACGUUAACAAUUUCUCGUUAUCGCAUCUCCUCAGAAACUACUGGGGAGAUUUUGACCAAACUUUGUCAGAAUGAUGUAUUGGUACCCUAGUUGUGUCCCCCUGAAAAUCAGACUGGUUCAACAAUUUAUGAGUUAGUUAUGGCCCUUUGUUUAUUUCUAUAUUUUACAUAGAUUUAUAUAGGGAAAAACUUUGAAAACCUUCUUGUCCAAAACCACAGAGCCUAGGGCUUUGAUAUUUGGUUUGAAGCAUCAUCUAGUGGUCCUCUACCAAGAUGAUUCAAAUUAUUUCUCUGGGGUCAAAUAUGGCUCCGCCCUGGGGGUCACAUGGUUUAUAUAGACUUAUAUAGGGAAAAACUUUGAAAAACCUCUUGUCCAAAACCACAGGGUCUAGGGCUUUGAUAUUUUGUAUGUGACAUCAUCUAGUGGUCUUCAACUAAGAUUGUUCAAAUUAUAACCCUAGGGUCAAAUAUGGCCCCGCCCUGGGGGUCAUAUGGUUUACAUAGACUUAUAUAGGGAAAAACUUUGAAAAUCUUCUUGUCCAAACCACAAAGCCUAGGGCUUUGAUACUUGUAAUGUAGCAUCAUCUAGUGGUUCUCUACCAAGUUUGUUCAAAUUAUGCCCCUAGGGUCAAAAAUGGCCCCACCCCGGGGUUCACAUGGUUCAUAUAGACUUAUAUAGGGAAAAGCUUUUAAAAUGUUCUUGUCAAUAACUACAACAUUCAAAUUUGGACAACAUGUAUAUUUUUAAGUGGCAAGAUGAACCUUGACAUGAGUUGACCUUGAUUUUGACCUAGUGACCUACUUUCACUCUGUAGCUACAGCCUUCAAAUUUGGACCACAUGUAUAUUUUUGAGUAGCAAGAUGGACCUUGACAUGAGUUGACCUUGAUUUUGACCUAGUGACCUACUUUCACAUUUCUGUAGCUAUAGCCUUCAAAUUUGGACCACAUGCAUAGUUAUGUGCACUGGAAAAAACUUUGACCAUGAUUUUGACCUAGUGACCUACUUUCACAUUUUUGAAGGUACAGGCGUCAAAUUUUGACCAUAUGCAUAGUUCCGUGUUUCAAAAUUAAAUUUGACAUUGAUUUUGACCUAGAGACCUACUUCCAUAUUUCUCAAGCUACAGCCUUCAAAUUUGGACCACAUGCAUAGUUUUGUGUACUGAAAAAAACUUUGACCUUCACAUUGACCUGGUGACCUACUUUCACAUUUUUGAAGGUACAGGCUUCAAAUUUGGACCACAUGCAUAGUUUUGUAUUCCGAAAUAAAAUUUGACCUUGAUUUUGACCUAGUGACCUGCUUUUACAUUUCUCAAGUUACAGCCUUCAAAUUUGGAUCACUUGCAUAGUUUUGUGUACUGAAAUGAACUUUGACCUUUACAUUGACCUAGUGACCUACUCUCACAUUUUUAAGGUACAGACUUCAAAUUUGGACCACAUGCAUAGUUUCGUAUUCCGAAAUAAAAUUUGACCUUGAUUUUGACCUAGUGACCAACUUUUACAUUUUUCAAGCUACAGCCUUCAAAUUUGGACCACAUGCAUAGUUUUGUGUACCGAAACAAACUUUGACCUUUACAUUAGUGGCCUACUUUCAUAUUACUAUAUAGUAAUAAGUCUAGAAAUUUUGAACACUCAAAAAUGGCACAUUGGUGGGCGCCAAGAUCACUCUGUGAUCUCUUGUAAAACGUGAGCUGUAAUUUGCCAUGAAAAGCUGACUGCAUAGCAAGUACCAUAACUCUCAUUGCCUUUGCAAGAGUUUUUGCCCCUUUUGGACUUAGAAAAUUAGAUCUCUUGGGUAAGUUUUGUGUUUAGGCCAGCUUUUCUCCUAAACUAUUGAAGCUUUUGUUUUUUAACUUGCAAAACUUGUUCACCAUCAAAAGCUGACAUUGUACAGCAAGAAACAUAACUCCAUUCUGCUUUUUGCAAGAAUUAUGGCCCCUUUUGGACUUAAUAAAUAUCAUAAAAACACACGGGUAGGACAUUAUUUCUAUUAUACAGAGACAAAAUGAUCAGUUGAGCCACUGUACCCACAAAGGGGUACUCUCAUUCAGUAUUUGAAACCACAUUUUUCAUUGAAUUUUUAUGAAAUUUGGUGUGAUUAUGCAUUUCAACAAUACCUUUCAGGCGCAUACAAAUUUGGGGUCUUAAGUUCAAGUCGUAGGAAAACUCCUGUUUUUCCCUGUGGAUACUGUACUAGCUUCUGUUUGUGUUGUUAAUCUUGGUGAUUUCUAGGUAAAGUUAAAAACGGGGGAUCAAAACCUAGGUCUGCUCUUUCUAAUUUAGCCUGCAAGUACUUAUGGCUAUCAUUGAAAGGCAUAUAGCUUUGAAAAUUUCUUAGCUUACCUGAGCACUAAGUGCUUAAGGUGAACUUCUGUGAUCGCCCGGCUUCUGGCGGCGUCAACAAUUUGACUGUUUAGACUCUAGAGGUCACAAUUUUGGCCCUAUCUCAAUGAAACUUGGUCACAGUGUUACCCUCAAUAAAAUCUUGGACGAGUUGGAUAUUGGAUCAUCUAGGGUCAAAAACUAGGUCACCAGGUCAAAUCAAAGGAAAAGCUUGUUAACAUCCUAGAGGGCCCAUUUAUGACAAUAUCCUUUGUAACUUAGUCAAAAUGUUAAUUUUGAUGUUCUUUAAGGUCAAGUUCAAAUAUUGUGGGAUAAAAAACUAGGUCACCAGGUGAAAUCAAAGGAAAAGCUUGUUAAUACUGUAGAGACAACAUUUUGAAACUUGUGAGAAUUAGUCAAAAUGCUUGUCUUGAUGACCUCUAGGCCAAGUUCAAAUGUGGGUCAUUUUGGAUGGAAAAAUUAGGUAACCAGGUCAAAUCAAAGGGAAAGCUCGUUAACUCUCUAAGAGACCACAGUUUAAGUUUGAAACAUAUGAAAAUUAGUCAGAAUGUUUGUCUUGAUGACCUGUACGUCAAGUUCAAAUGUGGGUCAUGUUGAACAUAAUACUAGGUCGAGAGAUCAAAUGUAAGGAAACGCUUGUUUACACUAGAUGCAAUUUUAUGACCAUAUCUUCAUGAAACUUGGUCAAAAUGUUAAUCUUGAUUAUCUAUAGGUCAAGAUUGAAUCUUGUUCAUAUGGGUCAAAAGUCAAGUCAAAGUCAAGUCAAAAGUUUAUUAAAUGUAACAAAGGCCUCCGGCCCAAAAUACACUACAUAAUAUCCUUUCGACUACCGCUAUCGUACACCGACGCACUACCCGAGACGCCAAAUGCAGACUAUAUUUUUGGGGUUCUCCAUUACCGCUACUGUUUUGCAGGCGGGCUACCGCAGACGACUAAAACGUACCAGAAAAAUGGGGGUGCUCAUUUCCAUAGCGCAUAAUGCAGUAUUUGGGUAAAAAUUGUAUUUUUUCGCAAUUGAAAAUAGAAGGAAUUAACAAAAA